ACGAAGAAGAGCACGGCAAACCGAACUAAACUGUCUCGCUCUAUCGGCACACACUGCAAGUGAAAAACCUUCCAUGUCAACCGUUUUGUGAACACCGUGUUGUUCUCCCUGGGGAUAUUUGCCGACGAACGGUAUCGUGUGAGGGCGAUUCGCUGCAGCAGAAUUAAGUUUUUUUUUUUAAACGUUUAUAAUGAAUGCUAUUCAAAUGCCGGAGGCACAGUUGCAGCGGUAUGAAUUGGAUAAGCGAGCCUGGGAGGAUGCGAUCCGGGGGUAUACUGGGCCGGAUCCCUUGGACAUUUGGUUCAACUUUAUCUGUUGGCUGGAGCAGCACAAGAUGUUUGAUAAAGAUGGAGGAUUUCGAAAAAUUCUCGAACAAUGCCUGUCAAAUUUCGAAAAUUAUGAAAAUUAUAAGCAGGACGUUCGGAUGGUGAAGCUUUGGAUGAAGUUUAUUGACAUGCAAGCAAACCCUUUAAAUUUGUAUCAGUUCCUGUAUAAGAAAAAUGUUGGCACUCAAUGUGCCUGUUUCUACAUUGGAUGGGCUCACUACUACGAUGCGGCAAAUGCUUUCAAACAAGCAGAGUCUAUAUACAACUUGGGCAUUCAAGUCAAGGCGCAACCGAUGGAAGAGCUACAAGAAGCUCAAAAUAAAUUUCGUCUUUCAAUAGCACAAAGGAUGCUUUACAACGACGCAUCCUCUAAAAAACGAUCUGCAAACACUUUGGUCGAGCAAAGACAACAAAUAACGUCCUUGAGUCCACCGCAAAAGAAAUUGAAAGCGGAAAAUAUAGAUUACUAUCAAUCGUCACAGCAGCACACUCAACCGCCGGUCCAGCAGCUCACACAACCGCCUGUUCAGCAACCAGCGCAAGUACAAGUGUCUCAAGCACCACAGUCUCAGCUACAAUCACAGCAUUCACAACAUCAGCAACAACCAAAUUCGCAACUACAGCAGCCGCAUUAUGCAGGUUAUUAUCAACAACAACAGCAAUCAGAACUACCGGCUGUUUCGGCUUCGAAUUCCACCAGCUCUACAAUGACUGCCGAGCAAUACUAUCAGCAGGAUAAACAGAAUGCGUCUUACUAUCAAAACAAUAAUUCACUUAUUUAUCAGAACCAGCAUCAUCAGACAGUUUCGUCGCAAACACAGAUCCAAUCUCCGAUCACAACUCAACCCUCUACACAGCGUCAGAUGCAAAGCGUUCAAGUACAUCAUAAUGUUCAGCAUCAGCUUCCCUAUCAACCACUCACAUCGGCUCACCCUCAUCCGUCUCAAGAGCCACAUUCAGCAAGUCAGCAACUCAGACCUCAGACUUCAUGUUCAGCGCGUUUCCAAUCGCAAGUAAUUGUUCAAGCCCCACCUGCGGUUAAUCAAACGGCUGCUCCAGUGCAGUCCAAAACAGCGUUACCACAGCAACACAUCUCGGUUUUAGCGCCGACGCAGCCACCGCCUCCACAGAUCGAGCAACCGGUUCACAAAUCAGUCAUCAUCGAAAACUACUCACUGACUAACGACAGCCUGAUUGAGUGCAAUUUGAAUAACUCGGCCUAUGUUAUAUCUUCAUCAUUAAACUACGUCUACGAUGAUGCUGAUCUGACCGGUUAUUCAAUAGAAGAACCAACGGUAGAAAAGGUAGAUUUGAAUCCAACUGGAAUUCGACUGCCCAUAAACUUUUCCCGCGAAGCUCGCUCCAAUCACGAACGAUGGGAGGUUCCGCUUUGUCUUGAAGAACCGUACGAUUUAAACAGGAAAUGCUGCUACCCGAAAGGCGUCGUUUAUCCAGAUUUACAUACUGGAAAACCAACCAUGGAGUUCUCACUGGAAGAAAUCCGAGCUAGAAAGUGGUAUCGUCGAAAGGAGGAACUUGAAGAACAGACGAAAGCAAAACAACAGCAAUUGGAGUUCGAGAAGCAGAGGCAAGAGCGGCAGCGGCAGCUGCAAUUACAAUAUCAACAGCAACAACAUCAUCAUCAACAUUCACACUUGCAACAACAACCACAGCAACCACAACCACAACAGCAGCCACAGCACCAUCAGUCUAUUCCACAACAAGCAAACUACGGACAUCCACAACAGCAGAUAACAACGCCGACGACAGCUCACCGCUACCAACAGCCAAAUCAGUAUCCACAUGUUUUAUACCAACAGCAGUCACCUAAUCAACCAGUUCAACAGUACCAACCACCUUCUCGACAAUCGCAAGAAGUAGCAGCACCGAUCCAGGCAGCUGCACUAACGCCAACUCCAUACUAUCACCAACAUCUUCAGCAACAUCAGCCUAUUCAUCACCAGUCAGGACAGCAUAAUCCCCAACCAACUAUCCAAUCGGUGCAACAUUCACCUAUUCAACCAGCUCAACAUGCUCCGAUUCAGGUUAAUUAUGCUAACUACCGACAUCCGUAUCCACAACAGCAGAAUCAGUACCAACCACCGUCGGUUCCAGUCCAUCAGCAAUCACCUGUUCAACAGCCAGCAGCAUAUCAGCAGCAUUCGCCGUAUCACAGCAAUCACUACGCGGGAUAUCCUGCACCCAACUAUACUCACAGUCAACCUCCGGUACAUCAAUCACCUCCAAUGCAGAUGCAAUCCCCGCAUCAAUACCCAAUACAACAAAAUGCGCAACAAGUCCAUCAUAAUACGCAUCAAAGUUAUACGUCACAACCUCCUGUAAGAACCAAAGCUCCAUCACAGCCACAAGUACCAAUUGUACCGGCAAAACCUAACUCACCUAUUCGACAAACUCCCAACCCACCACCUCCACAACCCUACAUUGACCAUCCGGCAACUAGUCAAGCCCCAGUUGCUAGUCAACCUGCUCAGCAAUACACAUCGCAACAAAAAUCUGCUUCGUUAUCUUCAAAACCACAAGCACCCGUGCCGCAGAACCAACCAAUCCGGAAGCCAACAGCGUCAGCUUCGUUAUCGCAGUGUGUCCCACCCGCUACCAAAAGCUCAAUUAGCAAUUGUGAUGAUUUUGAAGAGCAAAUUGAAGCAUCAACAAUUCGAUUUUCCACAUCUACCGAGAACGGUACGAGCAAAAGUAAAACCAUCACUAUCAAGUUCAAAAAAGACAAAUCCGCAGUGGCAGCUCCAAGUCCAAUCAAUACACCACCAGCAGCUGUAAGUCAGCCGACAAAACACCGCAUUGAGGCAACGGCAACAAGUUCAGCUGCAAAAAUAGAAACCAAAAAAUCCCGUAAAGUGUCUUCUAUAGAUGGUACAGCUUUGAAUAAUACAGUAAAAGAUAAUUCGAAAAAUGAAGUCAAAACUAAACCCAGCAAAGCUAAAUUAUUGAAGUCUAAAUACGACUCGGAGACAACAUUGAUUCCGGCCCGGCCAAUUGACGACUCUUUAUCAGAUGAUAAUGAAACUUCUGAUCGUUCAUAUGCUUCUUCACCAGGCAUUACCCCGUCAAAGAGCAAGAGUAAGUCUAAAGCUCGCUAUGUCAUAGACGAUGACGAUGAUGACGAAUUUGAUGAACGUGAAUUUCCGGACUCAGACGAGGACGACUACGGUGAGGUUGACGACGAUGAUGAAGACGAUCUGGAUGAAGAUGGUGAAGAAGAAGAGGAAGAGGAAAACGAUUCUUCGUAUCAGUCAAAUUCGGAGUUUAACACUUCUUUCAGCAAUAUUUCGUUUGCUGGUGAUAACAGCAAUGGAGCGUUUAAUUUUGGCGGUGGCAGUUCUUGUUCAACUCCGCUUCGGCAUACACAAACCUCAAGUGGAAUUUCGAAAACGUCAACACCUGUGGGCUCCUUCCGGUUUCUCAAAAAACAUGAAUCUAAUUUCUCACUGCUGGGACAAAAUGACGAUUCAAUGAACUCAACAGUCGUCGAAAAUAGCUAUUUCCAGACGGAACACGAUGAGGAAGGCAGGCGGCGUAGAAAGGAAAAAGCGCUGGAUAUAAUAGAUACACAUUUAGCGAAACCGUUUUUGGAUCCUUUCAGCAGUGAACUGUGCAAAGCAUUUCUCACGAAGAUCGAUUUUCCAUCCAGGGAAAACAGCAGUGGAUAUAAAGUGGUCAACAGUAAUUUACCUAAGCUUAUGAAAUCCCAAAUGGCAUGCCUAGGGGGAACAACAUACAGCAUCGAAAAAGAGGUUGGCCGAGGUUCGUACGGAUCAGUGUUUCGAGCGGUGAACAAUCAAAACGGAGCAGUUGUGGCUAUUAAGUAUCAAAAGCCUGCCAACACUUGGGAGUUGUAUAUUUGCACCGAGGUGAAGAAGAGAAUCAAUAAUCCCGAAAUUUUACCCGGUUUUAUGGACAUCUGCUCUGCUGUAAUUGCACCGAAUGCGAGCGUUUUAGUAUCGGAAUUUUCUCAAUACGGUUCCUUACUGGAUAUAAACAAUAAAAUAAGAACUGCUACAACGAAGGUUAUGCAUGAAUCGCUGGUCAUGCAUUUUAGCAGCCAAAUACUGGCCAUCGUAGAGCAUUUACAUGCCUGUAACAUCAUUCAUGCAGACAUAAAGCCUGAUAAUUUCCUAUUGAUGCAAAUACCAACUGUAGAGUCCGACAUACCAACUCUUCGAUUAAUUGACUUCGGCUGUGCCAUCGAUAUGAAUUUCUUCGAAAAGAACAGACAGUUUAAAAAGGUGAUUCAGACGGAUGGAUUUACUUGUAUAGAAAUGCAGGAAGGACGUCCAUGGUCUUUCCAGACUGAUUUAUUUUGCGUGGCUGGUACAAUCCACGUUAUGCUUUUUGGUGAAUACAUGCAGCUAACAAAGAAAUUCGACUGGGAAAUCAAACAGAAAUUGCCGAGAUACCUGAAGAAGCACGUAUGGAGUGAAGUUUUUCAAAAGUUGCUGAACAUCAAAGACAUCAACCAUAUGCCGAAACUGAGCGCUUUGAAGGAAUUGAUCGAUGGUGAAGCCUUUAAUCUAGAAUCUGAGUUGGUGAAACAUAUACGGACUUUGUCGAAUUUACUAAAACGGCGCUAAAGUGGUAUUACCCAUUAUGUAUAGCGUAAAAAGCACUAGCUGGCCUGGAAUAUGAAUUGCCAUCAAUUGUAUAGCGGAAAGAAAAGUGUCUAUAAUAUGCAUAUGAAUAAACUUAUGCACAUAGUAUUUAACGUUUAAAGUGUACAUUGAUAGAACUAUCUUAUUGUAAAAAUUCGAAACAAAGAUGAAUCAAAAUGUAUAUUUAUAAGUCAUAUAAUAAUUUGUUUGUAUUGCGCUCUUGGCUGUACCAAUAUAAUAACAGGAGAAAUAUGAAGUUUAAAAUAGAUACCUAGUACCUAUAAGAUAGUGAGCCUGCUAUGUCAAAACAAAAGGAAAUUUAACUAGGAGUGUAAUUAUUCACGGCUAUCAAUAAUUAGCUAUGCUUGUACAUAAUCAUUCAAAACUGUACUGACAAAAUUUAAACCGUACAAUUACAUCGUUUAUAGGAUUGGCAAAUAAUUGCACGCUGAAGGUGAUACAUAUCUAGUUUAGUGUUGAAUUCCACAAAUUGUGGAGGGCGACAUAACUACUAUUAUAUUUUGCAGCCGAAUUUCAUACAAAUUAGUUCAGUCCAAAGAAUAGCUGUCUCAAGACAAGGUGAUGAGUUACGAACCGAUUUAAAACUGUAUCAAUACCCGUAAACUGGGUUAAGGGUGAACAUUAAUAUGACCUUUACACCGGGUAUCCGAGAGUAAAUUGAUUUGCGCAAAAUAUUUCUCCUAAUGAUACAACAUUCGCUAUGGUAUACACAAUUGCAUACUAGUGGGUAAUAAAAUUAUUAUGUUUACUAUA